UAAUAGAUGGCCGUCUCUGGGAAACAAGCUAUCCGAUUCCUAUAAACUUCACACUGAGCAGCAGGUGAGCAGAACGAACGGGGGAACAGCGCGAACGAAUGGCAGGCACCGGCCCUAUUCCGGGGGUCAUCGUCCUGGCUCUCGGCGCCGGGGCGCUGGGAUUCCCCGACGCGCUGCGCCAGCUGCUCGACGCCGUCGCGGGGCGGCCGCGAAGCCCACUCCUCGACAUCGCCGCCUGCGUGCUCGCCAUGGCCGUGGCCACGGCCUACGCUCUCGGCACCAUGCUGCUGGCGCGUUUCGUCCGCAAGGCGCCCGGCGGACUCGGAGCCGCCGCGGGCGUGGGCGGUGACGCGCCGCGCGCGGACCUCUUCGCCCUGCUGACUCUCGUCGUGUCCCUCGGCGCUGCCCUGCUCGUCUCCGCGUGCCUCUUCCUGACCGCGCCCGGCGCCGGCGGCCUGCUCUACCGUACUGUCGACGUCCUCGCCGGGAAAAGCGGUGUGGUAUCGGCCCUUGUCGCCGUCGCCGCCGCCGCCGCCAUCCCCUUCGUCAGGCGUGUGCUCUGCGCCGCCCCUGCUUCGACCCGGAUCCUGGGCUUCGCGGUCGUGGGGCUGUUUGUCCUCGCCGCCUUCGUCCUCCUUCCCACGCUCGGUGGCGGCCUCUACAAACACCGCGUCAGCGUGUCCGUCGGCGUCAUGGUCAUGGCUCUCGCCCGCCGCUUCGGCAAGCUGGCGCGGGCGGCGUCGCUGGCCAUCGUCAUCGUCUCCUUCGCCCUCAUCGGCCUCCUCACAACCGCGUGUGCCAAGUGAUGAUGCUCUGCUUCAUGUCGUGUCCUGCUGUCUAGUCCGCCGUCGCCGAUACGUGGCCGCGGGGAGCUGCAUUUGCGUGUGGCCGCUGCCGUUCGUUACCAGACACCACUGCAUUAGUUAGAAGGUUCUAUUAUUCGGAUACUAUUUAUUCAUGCCCAAAUACCAUCACUAUUACGCUACUAUUGUCAAGGUAUUUCUGCAGUUUAUCGGCUUGCCGUAGGUAAGAUUCCAGAAAUGGGGAAAAAAAUGAAGAAAAAAAAAGACUUGCACGCG